AUGGGUGAGCUGGCGGUGCCAAAAGUCGCUGUGUUGAGGCCCGGCUCGCAGACUACUGAUUCUCGUGAGGAUGAAUCAAGUUUCGAUCUCCAUCCUGAACUUGACGUGCCACACGGUAUACCCCGCCGGCUAAGUGCGUUGCUCCUUGGACACUCGUUGACGCCCGCUCUUGGAUCUUCUUCUCUGCCUUUUACCAACAUACCUGGAACUCGUCCUCCUCCACCUCGGUCAAAUACCCCCUUGAAGCCCCGGGGAAGGAAUUCAAGAAGACGCCGCUCGGGCCAGCUGGAUCCUGCACCGGAUUCUGCACCUCGUUAUGCAUCUGGUUCUUCUUCAAAGCAGGAACAUGGCGAGCAGGAUUCUCAAUCUAGCUUCAGCAAUGGUAAGGUCGACGGCGCUGAGGAAUCCGACAUCGGACCCCAUGGGCAACGUAUGAGUGCCUUGGAAACCCACUUGGGGUCUAUUUUACGGGACGGCAUGAAUCCGAUUAUUUUCGUCUGCUGGGGCAAAUCAUCCGACUGCACAAUUGUACCAGUCCCGCUUACUAACUAUGAAGAUGAGGCUGCGGUAUGGACAGAGAUCAGAAGGGCUUGGCUGUCUCGGCUGGGGUGGAAGAAAUACGUUCCCUGGUACAACGUGAAGCGAGUGGACUUGGUUGAGUUGUCUCUUGCAGGUGUCAAGCCCAACGUGUCCGGAGAGUCUGCUCAGUUCAUGGGCAUGUAUCGAAGUCGAAACUUGAAGUCUCAAGAAGCUCAUUUCCAAAAAAUUGUCGAUGAUUACCAGGAGAUGCGGGAAUACCCAUGUGGAUAUGAUGUCUCCACAGGAAAGGCGUUGUGCAUGUGCACUCUGACCAACUGUGCAUCGGGUAUUGGCGACGAGGAGUGCCCAACAGAAAUUAUCGUUCAGGCCAUGAGGAGUCUCAGAGCCACUCAGACUCAUGAUUUGAUGACGACGAUAUUUUUCCAUCCCGAGUUGGCAUCCGUAAAUGGAUUCCUGCAGGCUGAAACAGUGAUUUAUGGACACUCGAUAUUAUACUCCUGGCAUUGUCCAGAACUCCGCGAACUAGAAUUUCAAGCGGUGCUCCUCGACGAUAAUUGGGAUGACAUUUUGCGAUGGCUUGCUGGUCCCUUGACUAUCUUGGUGCCGUUGAUGACCGUCCUCAUUGCCCAGUACAUCUUUGGCGACUGGGGGACGGCAUGGAACGUCGGAUGUUUCUUCGUUGCCUUCACUGUGGCGUCUCCGUUCUUGAAUAUGGGAUGGCAUACGACCCCACGUCCGGAGCAUUGA